AUGGAGAAACAAUUUCAGGAGGCAUACACGACCACAAAAUUCAAAGAGUUUCAACAAAAGCUUACUGCUAAGUUGCAUUGUGAGUUGUCUUCUUUGCGUGCCACUGAAUCUGAAAUAGAAUAUAUUGUAAAGGAAGUUGUCGUGGUAGGGGAGACAUGUCAUAGUGUGCCUUUUGUGGUUUGCUGUGAUGACCGUGGUUGUGAUGUUCGUUGCAAUUGUCGAUUGUUUGAAUUUAGAGGGAUUAUUUGUGGACAUGUAAUAACGGUAUUGCUUCGUAAAGAGAUUUAUCAUAUACCUGAAAAGUUCAUUUUAAGAAGGUGGAGGAAAAAUGUAUAUAGAUGCCACACGAAGAUUAGAGUCAAUUAUAAUAGCUGGAGCACGACUGCUGAAAGAGAACGGUUUGAUCAGUUGUCUAAUUCAUUCUCUGAGGUAGUUGAUUUAGCCUCAAUCAAUAUUGAUGAUAGUAAUAUGGUGAUGCAUAUAAUUACUGACAUGAAGAAGAAAUUAUUGUCAAAUGAACGUGCUGGCAGGAUUGAUAGCCAUGGUGACAUGUCAUGUCACAGUGAUCAAAUUUUGAUAGUGUUCACGCCAAUUCCACAAAGGUGGUUGCAGGGUGCUGGCGGUGUUAGGUUGGUAAGUUGGGCAAGGCCAAGAAAGGUGGUUUGGGGCGCUGGGAGGAGACGUACAUGCCCUGGGAGCUGCUUGCAUGCGCAGGCGCUUGCUUAUUCCUUGGUUUUGGUUUUGGCAAAUGGUUGA